AUGGACGAGAUCGGUUUUGACUACUGCAUCAUCUGCUCGGGCUGCAAUUUUGGACCCUUCAAGCCUAUGGGCGAGAGCUUGUGGUUCCCGACCAUUCAUGAGGAUGCGAGGCCCCACAGCGAGUGGAAGCACAUCGAUGAGCGAUUCCUUGAAGGCCGCCGGCGCCAUGUCCUGGAAGAGUAUCACAAGCUGCAAGAUUUGAAUAAGAAGAAGGCCACCAUUCUGGUGGUCGGUGCUGGCUUCAUUGGCGUGGAGUGGGCCACGGAGCUAGAGCACUUCUUCCCGGAUCUGAAGCUGACCAUCAUCGACUUUCUACCCCGCUGCUUGGGGCCACUGCCGGACAGCGCGGCAGACUACUGCUCUGAGUACAUGAAUGCCUGCGGCAUCAAGGAGUUCUACAACUGUGGCUACGACCCCAAGAACCCUGAUUUCUGGAAGAAGGUUGAGCUGCCGAAGGGUGCCGACGAGACCUACGUGUGCAUCGGCGUCAAAGCUUCAAACUAUUUUAUGCCCAAGGACACUUUGUCGGACAAGGGCCCUGGUGGAGGUGGCUGGAUUCAUUUCAACAAGCACCUCCAAGUCACCAAGAAGCCCAGCGAGGGUGGUGGCGUAUGGGCUGACGGAACCAUUUUUGCCGUUGGCGACUGCAACUACGGCUGCAUCGGUGAGCCAGGAAAAUGGGAGAUGCCGCCGGUGCCCAAGAUCUCCUAUCCCGGUGAGGAGCAGGCAUACCACGCAUGCUUGAAUGUCAUGAAGCUGCAGAAGGGCAACAAGAAUCUGGUAAAGACCUGGUGGCCUUGGGGCGCCGGCAUGUUUGCCACAAGCCUGGGUCCACAUGAUGCUUGCUUCGUAGUGGCGGCGAACGAGAACAAGGGCUCUGGAUACAUGGUAAACUGGUGGAUCCCGGCUGCUCUGCAGAAGGAGAUCAUCGAGACCACGAAGAUUGAUGAGUGCCGGGAUCGGUGGAUCGGUAUCCUGAUCUGGCACUUCGUGCACCACACGCCUGUACAUCUCUUCGGUCGUGGUCCUUGGUUUGUUUGA